UCAGACAAGAGAGGUUUAACGACCACUGAGGUUUCAACAAUCAGCUCAUUUUCAGUCUCAAGUGAACAUCUCUCUGCAUCCCAGCAUCCAUCUCACCCCUCAUCGCAACAGCAGGUCAAAGGUUCAUUUGUGAUUAUCGUCACUGUGGAGGCUUUAGUUUUACUCCUGAUAGCAGUUCCACUGAUUAUAGUGGCUGUGAGAAAGAAAAAGAAGAAUAAAGGUCUGCUGUCGUCCAGCACUGUUGUGUUUAUUCCAGUGAUUUAUGAUCAGAUCAAAGACACUGGACUCUUCUGUAAUCCAGAGGACAGAGACACACAAACAACUGUAUUUUACAGCGGCGUUUCAUAAACUAUAACGUCCUCCUUCAUAAACACAGAUGAGUUCGUUACACCAAACCUCAGACUGGACACACACUUGGAGAUUUUAAACCUCGGUUUGCACCGCAUCCGAUCGGGGGUCGCGGUCGAUUCAAUGCUUGUCGCAAACGACUUUUUUUCUAUUGUGUGGAGUCAUUACUGUUAUUUCACUUCUCCUGAUCACAUCGGUCUCCCACAGUUUUGAAAUAUAUAAUAGUUACAAUAUAAUAUACCAAAUUGUCUUCAUCCUCGUCAUUUUUCAACGCGGUUUUCAAAGCACUAUUGUAUCACACACAUGCUUAUAUGGAAAUAACAAUACCACAUGGUUCCUGUUUUGCUUUGUUCUUUUCCCGCCACUAGUUGCCAUGGACACCUUGAUUAUAAGUUUCAGCCCAGCUGUGUUAAUCAUGAUCUCGAUAGUGUCAGCUGUGUCUUUCUUUGAUUAAGUCCAUGUUUAAUCCCUGUGGUCUCUCUCAGUCUCUGUCGCUUCUCGUUAAUGUGUGUUGUGAUGUGGUUUUCACUUGUUUUUUUUCCCUAUUCCUGAGUGUUUUAUUAAAGUCUUCCUUCUAGAAUUAAAAAAAUAAGAAACCAUUUUACGUAGCAAUUAUGUUGUGUCUGUAGUAGUUAUUAAUGUGAAUAUCGUUUCCUUGGAUUCAUCUGUUCACUCCUGCUGGUUGAUGUUGUAACUGCACCGUUCAAAAGUUGCUGAAUAUCCGAGUAGUAUGAGACUCGGAGACCUGCAUCUACAGUCCCCCUGCACACAGAGUCCCGGAUUCUCAGACCCCUCGUUUUUCGGGACAGCGCCUCCUAUCAAAUUGUAUCGGAUAAACAUGUGAAGAACUCAAGCCAGAACCACAUCCUGUUCAGCGACUGAAGAGUGUUAUGCAACCGGAGCGAGUCAAGGCUUUAUCGUUUCAUCUGGACGCCCACAUGCUUUCAGUUAUUUAUUUAUUCUGAAUGCAUGAAUCGUGACACACUCCUCUCCACUUCAUUACACUGUGUGUUUGUUUGUAGAUGGUUCAUUGGCUUCAUGGCGAGUGUCGGGAAAUCAACCAGCAAGAUCAAUAAAAGAGAAACGAGGCCUCGUACUCCAUCAGACAAGAAGCUCCUGAGAAGCUGCGAGGAGAUCUCCUCCUCCUCAUCAUCAUCAUCAUGUGUGUGUGAGGAAGACCACAGCCUGGCUCUGAACGGACAUGACAUCCAGAGUCUGGCCAUCACAACACAAGACCUGGAGCGGCUGCGAGUCCCUAAACCCCCGACUGAUUCCCAGAAGCCCAAACCCAUGAUCCGUGUGUACGUGCGGAAGACACGCCCCCCGGACGAGGUCGGCAGAAAGGUCCAGGUUACCGUAGCGAGGCCCCUCCCACAAGACGACCAGACCCCGCCUCCCUCAUUUGAAUACGCAGGUCCCGGGGGGCCGCGGUUUGACGCGCAGGGGAUGGUGCUGCCGCACAGCAUUCUGGGAAGCCUGGAGGAUUUCAGAACAGAGAUGCAGCUGCGAGGCGAGGCGGAGCUUGUAGAGCGGAUCCCAGUCGCACAGGAACUCCUCCUUCUAGUGGUGGCGACUGAGAGUGACAGCGAUGAUGUAGCCGAAACGGGGCGGAGCCACCAGAGCCACGCCCUCCAGCACUGGCACCAUCACAUGACCGAGAGACGCAGACAGCAGGACUUCAUUUCACGGCUCCUGCAGAAGCCAGCGGCGUCUCUGCUGAUGACCCGCUCCGGCAGAUUCAGACGCAUGCAGGAACACAGGAAACUGAUACACAGAGGCCAUGUGAGGAUCCACUCUUAUACUGAUCGGCGCGUGGGCCGUGAGUUCUGGAGUCUUCCGCAGCGUUACGGAGACGAGAUGAGCGGGAUCACAGCCACUCUCACACAGAGCGAGAGAGGAAACCCUCCAGACGUCACACGCAUCAGACACACACUCGCCACGCGCCUCGAGUCCGGUAAUGUGGUGUGUGACACGCUCAACAGCGGCUGGGAUCAGAGUUUGUACCUUCAGCAGCGACUUCAUCAACUCAAGGACACACGCGGAGACUUCAGUCCUGAGGUCGAGGGUCUGGAGGUCAUCGGCUCUGCGGCUCGUUCUCCUCCGCCGGACGAGAGAGAGGAAGAGGAGGAUGAAGAAGAAGAGCAGAAGGAAAACCAAGACCCUCUGGCGCUGUUUGAUGACGUCAUCAGCGAUGUUGAUCUGCGUCCCGCUCUGAGGGUCAGUGGAGAUCUGGCGCUCUGGACUCGCAUCACUUCCUCUCAGCAGGGGCAGAAGGGUAUCUCUGCCCGGCUGAUGUUCGAGACGGUCACGGGACAGAGUGUGAGCGCUGAUCUGGAGUUAAAGAAUGAAGGAAGCACCGUGAUUUACUACAGCUGGGAGAGACUGACACACACACACACUCGCACUCAACACUUCUACUUUAACAGCACUACAGCGGUGAUCUUACCCGGCAGCACUAAACGCAUCAGCUUCAUCUUCAAGAGUGUGUGUGCGGGGAUCAUGACUGAGGUGUGGCGUCUGAACACACACCCGGUGCUGAUGGGCGGAGCUUCAGUGCUGGUCACUCUGAGGGGCGUGGCCUUAGAUCAGGAUAAGAACGCACAGCAGAGAGCGGCACUCCAGCAGGAGCUGGAGAGGAAAGCGUGUGUGUCGUUGUGUCAACGGAUCCUCAUGGAUCUCAUCAGAGGAGUUCGUUCUCCAGAGCGUCCCAUAUCUCCUGAUGAUCUCUACAUCACAGAGGAGCAGCUGUUCCUCACACACAACCCUGGUGUGCAGUACCAGCGUGGGCCUGUGAAGGCGCUGCGGGGCUUAUGGGCGCAGGUCAGCGGGUCAGCACACACACCUGUGUGGGAUCUGUCGUUACACGCACUCAGACAGGCUGUGCUGUCCGUCCCUGAGACACACAGUGAGAUCAGAGAGACGUGUCUGAGCCAGUUUAACUCCCUGAUGCUGGAGCUGCAGCGGCCACACACACACACACCAGCCGUGACAUCACACAUCAUCAGUCUGCAGUUAUGGAGGGAACUGCUGGACGGUUUGGUCACAGAGUCUGUGAGAUUGAGACACAAACUGGGGCUUCCAGAGAACAACACCUGGAGUGACACGACACACAACCUCCACACCUUGGAGCAGAAGGAAGAGGAGGACAGGACAGGAGGCAGGCCGGGAAGAGCGAGAGCAGAGGAACGCGGGAGCUUGAAAAAGCCAGAAGAGAGGAAGACGGACUCCAGCUUUACUACUGACCGUCCUGAACACACACACACACCGCAGGACAGAUACAGACGGCUGCUGCACACACAGGUGUGUGUGCUGAUGGAGAGGAUGGUGGACUCUCUGUGUGAUUUACUCCACGACUCUGAGACGCCACAUUAACACACCUGUAGCUCUCUGGUGUCUGAAGUGUCAGAUCUGGAUUAUAUGUGUCCGCACAUGUGCUUUUACUGUCCACAAGGAGUUUCCGGAAACACUUGAAACGGUUGUUUGACGGUGAGAGGAUUCAGUAAUAUCAUAUGAAGGGUUGAGCUUGGAGUGGCUGAAGAUGAAUCUGGUUAUUGUCACCAAUCUCCGGUGGAUGCUGUAACGCCACCUUGAGGGCCUUUGUUUAUGACCGUCUGAUGUAUGCUAUAUUCUGAUCAAAAUAAACAUGUUUGCAAGCAA